GUCCUCUGCAUCAGACGGCCCACCAGCAGUCUGCCCAUCCACCCAGUCGCCGCCGCCGCCGCCGCCGUUUCCAGCUGAACUCCGAGACCCACUCCGCGUCGUGCGGGCUGCGGAAUCGCUCAGAUGGAUGCCGCGGGUGGUGCCGGUGGGGCGGCCGUCGUCGACAAAGCGGGCGGGCAGGCGCCGCCCGAGACGCUGGUUGACUGGGCGCUGAAGAUCCUCGACACGGCCGACCCCGACGAGAAGGCCCGGCUGGGCGACCUCGCCGCCACCGAGUGGCUGCGCGGCGCCAUCCCGCUCGCCUACGACCCGGCGCAGCCCGCGCGCGCCCCGCCGGACCGCCCGGCGCGGAGCGACGCGGUGCGGCUGCUCCCGCCCUCCCAGGCGCCGAAGCUGGGGAAGGGCGGCAGCGCGCAGAGCCGGCUGGCGAUGCUGCACUCGCUGGCGCACAUCGAGAGCUGGGCCGUCGACCUCUCCUGGGACAUCGUCGCCCGCUUCGGCGCGCAGCUCGGCAUGCCCCGCGGCUUCUUCGACGACUUCGCCCGCGUCGCGCAGGAGGAAGGGCGGCACUUCGCGGUGCUCUCCGCGCGGCUCCGGGAGCUGGGCUCGCACUACGGCGCGCUCCCCGCGCACGACGGCCUCUGGGACUCGGCCAUGCGCACCUCGCACUGCCUCCUCGCCCGCCUAGCCGUCGAGCACUGCGUCCACGAGGCCAGGGGAUUAGAUGUCCUUCCAACCACCAUAUCAAGAUUCCGUGCUGGUGGGGAUGAAGAAACAGCCAAACUGCUUGAAGACAUUAUUUAUCCAGAAGAGAUAACACACUGUGCAGCUGGUGUUAGAUGGUUUAGAUACCUGUGCCUCCGGUCCCUCGCCAGCGAUCCAAUUGCGCCUCCAGUUCCACAGCCUAAACCCCAAUGCUCUGAGCUGCCCGAAGGUGGGAUAGGUGAUGAUAAUAAGACUUCUCAAGCGGUGCGUGAUGGAUUGGCAGAUAAGCCGACGGAAGAUAUUAAUAGCCAUGACGAGGCGGUUCAACAAGUGGAAGAUGGACUGGCAAGGUGCGCCCUUGGCGACGCCGAUGAAAUGGCAAUCAUCGAGAGAUUCCACAGCAUCGUUAGAGAGCAUUUCCGGGGACCCCUGAAGCCCCCCUUCAAUGCGGAGGCUAGGAAGGCAGCUGGAUUUGGGCCUGCCUGGUACGAACCCCUAGCGGUGAAGGAGGUAGAGACACAAGCAACCGAGCAAAGUGAGUAGUGUAAGUGUUUGUGCUGUUUUCCCUGUUACUGGUAGGGUAGAAGACACAGUGGGUGCUACACCCUCAGUUCAAUCAGGUUUUGGUGUAUCUUUCUUGCUGGCAGAGAGUGGUGAACUGGUGAUCCUGUUUGUUUUGGCAUUGGCAAAGCAAUGAUGUACGCGACUAACCGAAGUGAAACCAAGAGAUGUACGUGAAUUUCCACUGAAUUUGUGGGGUUUCAGUAUUUGAUUUAACCGUCAUGCAAUAUUUUAGAUA